CAUUUUUUUAAAUUUUUAAAUUUGCCGCCGUUUCCGGCCCCUGUACGUCUUGACGCUAGCAGGGACCGGAACACGGAAGCCGGAUGCCGGCAUGGGCCGGAGGAGAUGACCGGGGAUGCUGCAGGGGGCACAUUGCGGGAUCGAAGGACAAGGUAAGUGAAGAACACAUGCCGGAGCAGCGCCGCAUGGUAAGCCCGAGUGUAGCUCGGGGUUACCGCUUUUGGUACUGAAAUGUUACCCCGAGCUACACUCGGGAAUACCGCCAGGGAGGUUAAA